AUGACAAAUGAAUUGAGGAUUAUUCCAGCUGUCAGUGGAGAUUACAGCUGCAGAGCUGAAACAGAUGAUAAUAAAACAGAAUGGAGUGAAGCCCUCAGACUGACAGUGUCAACAGAUAAACCCAGAGCCACACUGACAGCAGACCCAACAAUCAUACCAGCAGGGGGCAGCAUAACACUGACCUGCUCUGUGGACGGAUCUGAUGACUGGAAGUUUGAUUGGUUCAGAGAUGAUCGACCAGUUCAGCUCAGUGGAACCAAUGAACAACAAAGUGACGUCAGUGUCUCAGAUGGAGGUGUCUACAGCUGCAGAGGACGAAGAGGAAAUCCAGUUUAUCAAACGGAAGAAAGCAACAUUCAGAAAAUUGCAGAUAAACCCAGAGCCACACUGACAGCAGACCCAACAAUCAUACCAGCAGGGGGCAACACAACACUGACCUGCUCUGUGGACGGAUCUGAUGACUGGAAGUUUGAUUGGUUCAGAAAUAAUCGACCAGUUCAGCUCAGAGGAACCGAUGAACAACAAAGUGAUGUCAGUGUCUCAGAUGGAGGUGUCUACAGCUGCAGAGGAGGAAGAGGAAAUCCACUUUAUCAAACUAAAGAAAGCGAAGAAGUCUCUGUUCUAAAAACCGUUUCCAAGCCGACUGUGAUCCUUCAACCCAGUGGGUCUGUUGUAUAUAAAGGAGAGAAAGUCACUCUGAGAUUGUCUGUGCCGACUGUGAAGCAGCAUCCCAGCUGGCCUGUCGUAUUCACAGGAGAGACGGUCACUCUGAGAUGUGAGAUGGAGGACGAUGAAGGAACUCAGUGGACGUAUAAAUGGAGUCCAGCCAAUAGAAACUCUCCAACAUCCAAUGAAUACAGGAUCAACAGCGUCUCUGAGUCUGACAGUGGGGAGUUACUGUUGUAUGGCUAG